UCUAAAAAUAGAAGUAGAAAAAAUUUAAAGGAUAUCUUUUAAAAAAUACAAUUGCUAUUGACGAGAACUACAACAAUGGCACCUAUUUUACUGAACAGAAUGGGAAAUGAACACAGUGACUACAUUCAACAGGUGGAGUAUGUGAAGAACCCUCAUCUGGACAGCAUGGAAGAGGACAUCCUGUACCACUUCAACCUGGGCACCAAGACCCAUGACCUGCCCCAGAUGUUUGGAGAUGUGAAGUUUGUGUGUGUUGGCGGAAGUCCCAAUCGGAUGAGAUCUUUUGCCCAGUUUAUCCAUGAGGAGCUGGAGCUGCCCAGCGACAUCGCAGACAUCAGAGAUAUCUGUGAAGGAACAGACCGGUAUUCCAUGUAUAAAGUGGGACCUGUGCUGUCCAUUAGUCAUGGCAUGGGCGUUCCCUCAAUCUCCAUCAUGUUGCAUGAGCUCAUUAAAUUGCUCUAUCAUGCUCGCUGUCGAGACGUCGUCAUCUUUCGCAUUGGCACGUCCGGCGGAGUUGGUCUGCCUGCAGGUACCGUAGUGAUCACAGAUAAAGCUGUAGACUCGUUCUUCAGGCCACAGUUUGAGCAGGUGGUUUUGGGAAAGGUAAUCAUCAGGAGCACAGAGCUAGAUGUGGAUGUGGCCAAAGAGCUGCUGCAGUACUCCUCAGAGCUUCCAAAUAUUCCCACUGUUAUCGGAAACACAAUGUGCACACAUGACUUCUAUGAAGGUCAAGGGCGACUGGAUGGAGCCCUGUGCUCAUUUUCCACUGAAGAAAAAUGGGAAUAUCUGAGAAAAGCCAGUGAAGCAGGCGUCAGGAACAUUGAGAUGGAAUCCACAGUCUUUGCUGCCAUGUGUUGUGCCUGCAGUCUUAAAGCUGCAGUAGUGUGUGUGACUCUGCUGAACCGGUUUGAGGGGGAUCAAAUUUCUACACCUCACGAUGUUCUCCUGGAAUAUCAGCAGAGACCGCAGUGCCUGGUGGCUCAUUUCAUCAAGAAACGCCUUGGACUUACCCCAUAAAAUCCUGUAAUGAUUUACAGUGUAUAUAA